AUGUGCAAACAGCGAUCCAGCGAAGUUUGCGAGCUAUGGAAGAAGCUAAAAAUACACAGAGACAGCGGAAGACGGAUGGUGAAAAAGAGAGGAGAGAAUCUAAAGAAGCCAACACACCAACCGAGCAAAAUCGCAGCCGUGUCUACACACACCGCCCAUCAGAAUGCCGAAAGAACAGAUUUGAAUCUUUCUGAAGUUAAAGGGCGUGCAAAGGAAAUGGAGCAAGAUUCGGAUAGCAAAGGAAGUUCCGAAAAAGAGAGCGCAGAAGUGGUGGAAGAUACAGCCGCUAUAUUCGAAGCUCUAGAAAAACCGGAAAUGCUUAAUUUAAGAGAGGAAACAGCAUCGGCAAAAAGGAAGGCUACACAAAUGAAGAAGAGCAACAAAAUGAGACAAAAAUCAGAGAAAAUUAUGUCUGAGGGUGAAGUUCUUAUUGAUAGGAUUGAUUUUGACAAGGUAGAAAAGCCUGAAGAAAUUUCAAAAAAUGAGCAAAUGAAGACACAAGAGUCAUUGAGGCCUAAAUCCAGAAAGCGCGCAGUUGAUGUCAUGCGAACACAAGACGAGACGGAAGAAGAGAAAAAGCCGCAAUUUCCAAGCCAUUUAUCCGUGUUAAGAGCAAUGCAAUCCAUCAAAGACACAGUCAUGGAUUUUUCUGCACAUCCAGAACCCGGUGCACGAAAAAGCACCUCUGUGCCUGCAAUCAGUUCUUAUCGUCGUUCCUCUGAUCCACCUGUCUGCCAUUACAAAUUCGUCACUGUUCGAGUGCAAACCAUCGAUGAUCUGGAACUAACCAUUACAGAAAAUCUCGUAGUGCUUUUUAUCCCUUUCUCGUCACCAGCAUUUUAUGAUCUGGUUAUUGGUGAUCAGAUUGUUGAAUGUGACGGAGUGGUCCCAAAAAGUUUACAAGAGUUCAACGAUUACGUAACUAUAGCUGAGAAGGUGGUCUUGGGCAUUGUUCGAGCUUGGAAUGUUCAUCCUCCUUCGCCAAAGCGAAUGAACAACGUAUUGCCUCACAAGAAAUAUUGUUAUUUGAUUGUUGACCUGCCGUUACUGACAGGUAUGCGACUUGGAUACGAAUUUCGCUGCAGUAAUGGUCGUCUAUAUCUUACAAAGCUUGAACCACAAACUAUGGGUGCUUUCGCUUUUCUCGCAGUUGACAGAAUAAUCGAUGUGGAUUCCGAUAAGAUUCCUCCGCGAGUCAAUAUGGUUGCCCUCAGGAACAGGAUUCGUGCAGUUCAAGAAAGAGAUGGCUUCUGUACAUUUCUUGUUGAAAGGCCGUCAUCGCUGCAUCACGUCACCAACCCCAGUUGUGCUGCAAUGAAGCCAGCGGGAACUCCAGCCGAUGGCAUCAUUAUGGGCGACGACGCCAUCGAAAUUGGGGCCCGCGAGGCGUUUAAAUAUGCUCGCGUAAAGAACAAACUGCGAUUUGAACCCGUCUACACCAUGAAGUCCCCAUUGCAGUCAGCGGUAGAGCUGGAUCUAAUUACUGCUGUUGAGGACUCUGAAGCUGCCAGCCGACGACGAAGGAAAAGGAGAAGAAGAUUGAGAAUAGGGAAAAACCCAAGAGAGAAAGCAAUACCCAGUGACGUCAAGAGAGGAACAGCACUAUCUAAGGCGAGUGAUAAUACAAUAAGGAAGCUUGUUACAAAAUUCAUAUCAAAGACAUUUAGUCACUGAAGUCAUUACCUAUCAUGCUUAUGUCAGACUGUAAAC